AUGUCGGAGACGGAAUUGAGAGUUUUGUCAAUUCAAAGUUCUGUUGUAUAUGGCUAUGUUGGAAAUAAGUGUGCGACAUUUCCUCUGCAGGUACUUGGAUUUGAUGUUUCUACCAUAAACUCAGUCCAGUUCUCAAAUCACAAAGGAUAUGGUUAUUGUAAAGGACAAGUAUUGAAUCAUAGUGAAGUUAGUGAACUAUAUGAUGGUUUAAAACAUAAUAAUCUGAUUAACUUUUCACAUGUUUUAACAGGAUAUAUUGGUUCGAAAUGUUUUUUAGAAAAAGUGAGUGAAAUGAUAAAAGAAAUCAAAGAAAACAAUCCAAAACUUAUAUAUGUUUGUGACCCUGUGAUGGGUGAUAAUGGAAAAAUGUAUGUACCUCAAGACCUGUUACCAGUAUAUAGAGAUAUGAUAAUACCAUUAGCUGAUAUAUUAACACCUAACCAAUUUGAAUUAGAAGUAUUAACAGAGAAGAAGAUAGAGGGAUUAGAAGACGCUCUAUCAGCUAUAGAUAUAUUACAUAACCGUGGUGUACCAACAGUAGUGUUGAGUAGUAGCAACUUAGGUACCAGUGGUACAUUAUUAUGUGUAGCAAGUUCAGUUAAAAGUAAGUUUUACUAUUUUUGUGAUGGUAAAAAAGAAAUAUAUAAAAUAGAAUUUCCCUUAUUACCUGCAUUCUUUAGUGGAACUGGUGAUUUGUUUGCUGCCAGCCUAUUAGCAUGGUCCCAAAAAGAUCAAAAUUUAAAGUUAGCAUUAGAGAAAACAGUGUCUACAGUACAAGCAGUCAUUAAAAGAACAUUGAAUUAUGCGAAAUCCUUGUCUGCAGAGAACGAACCUUCGAAGAAACAGUUAGAAUUACGAAUAAUACAGAGUAAAAAGGACCUAGAGAAUCCUGAGAUAAUCCACCAUGCUGUACCAGUUUGA